GAGGGUGGGAUCACUCGCAUCUCGCAUGUCGAAAGCUUUCAUUGUGGACGCAGUGAGUUCACAGAUGAGCACUAAUCGGGAUCCCACAAAAUAAACAAAAACUCUACAGCAUAGACAAGAGAAGAGAGACCACAUAAUAAAGAAGAAUUAAGAGGACUGACUGCUUGACAUGGAUUGUCCAGACAUCUGCAAUACAAUACUUUUCAAGAGGACAGCAAAGUAAUACUUUUGGGAUUUUUAUUCACUUACAUGAUUUACAUGAUCUCAUCAUUAUUUAAGAUUCGUCCAAAUUAGGAAUCGGUUCUGAAAAGGAUCACUUUUUUUCUUUUUAGUUUUUUAACAAAACAAAAGUGGAAUGUGAUCGCACGUAUUGGAUGUAUAUUGGAUUUAUAAAGGACGCCGGGAGGCAAAGACUGAAUUAGACACAGCGCAUCUGAAUCCUGCAUCACUUUAUAAAAGUAAAUAUGGGGAAUAUUGAGAGCGUGGACGGGCAGUCUGAGAUGAAGCAUCAUAUCAUGCCCUUGAAAGUUCCAAUGCCUGACCCAACAGAGCUGGAAGAAAGAUUUGCCAUAGUUUUGAACUCUAUGAACCUGCCGCCAGAUAAAGCACGUCUCCUCCGGCAGUACGAUAAUGAGAAGAAGUGGGACCUCAUAUGUGACCAGGAGCGUUUCCAAGUGAAGAAUCCUCCACAUACAUACAUCCAGAAACUACGUGGAUAUUUAGACCCAAGAGUCACACGCAAGAAAUUCCGCAGGAGGGUUCAGGAAUCCACCAAAGUCCUUCGAGAGCUGGAGAUAUCACUGAGAACCAAUCACAUAGGGUGGGUUCGUGAGUUCCUCAAUGAUGAGAACAGAGGCCUGGACAUCCUGGUGGAGUAUCUCUCCUUCGCCCAGUGUGCCGUCAUGUUGGAUUUUGAAGGGCUGGAGAUUGGCGAGGACUUUUCGCUGGACAAGGCUAAGUCCUGGAGCAGGUCCAUUGAGGAUCUGCACCAGAAUGGCUGCAAUACGCUGGUGCGCUCUGCGCGGCAAUCCGUCCUCCGCUAUGGCUCAACUUCCAACAGCAAAACCAUCAAGAACUCCAGAUUAGUCAGUCAAAAGGAUGAUGUACACGUGUGCAUCAUGUGCCUCAGAGCAAUCAUGAACUAUCAGUAUGGCUUCAACCUUGUCAUGUCUCACGCGCAUGCGGUCAACGAAAUUGCCCUGAGUUUGAACAAUAAGAACUCCAGAACAAAGGCGCUGGUCCUGGAGCUGCUGGCUGCUGUAUGUUUGGUGCGAGGUGGUCAUGAAAUCAUCCUCUCAGCGUUUGAUAACUUCAAAGAGGUUUGUAAGGAGAAGCACCGCUUUGAAAAGCUGAUGGAGUAUUUCCGUAGUGAAGAUGGGAACAUUGACUUCAUGGUGGCCUGUAUGCAGUUCAUCAAUAUUGUGGUCCAUUCGGUGGAGGACAUGAACUUCCGUGUACAUCUGCAGUAUGAGUUCACUAAGCUGGGGCUUGAUGACUUCCUGGAGAAAUCCAAGCACACAGAGAGUGAUAAGUUGUCGGUGCAGAUCCAGGCUUAUCUGGAUAACGUGUUUGAUGUCGGAGGUUUGUUGGAAGACGCUGAAACAAAGAAUGUGGCCCUGGAGAAAGUGGAUGAGCUGGAAGAGCAUUUGUCACAUGUGACAGAGAAGCUUCUAGAUGUUGAAAAUGAGACCAUGAUGAAGGUAGCAGACCUGGAGAAACAGCUGUUACACAAAGACAAGGAACUGUCAGCCAUAAAGGAGACGUAUGAGUCCGCCAGCACACAGGUGCACACACUGCGGCGGAUGAUCCAGGAGAAGGAUGCUGCCUUCCAGAGGCACAACAACAUCGAGAAGCGGCUGCUGGAAAUGGAGCAGCAGGGCACCAUCCGAUUACGCAAGCAGCCUGAUGGGGACAUUGCCAUCGAGGCUCUGGGUGGUGGAGGAGCAGCUGGAGCUCCUCUGAGAGACCUGAACUCACUUACUGCAAGCAUGAGUGGGACUGGAGGUCCGGGUGUCACUUCAAUCGCUCCCAUUGAAGCUGUUGCUCCACCCCCACCGCCACCACCUCCACCGGCCCCACCGCUCCCUUCAGAAGUCGAGUGUGUUCCUAUUCCUCCUCCACCUCCUCCACCUCUGCCCGGAUCAUCCCCAUCAGUCAUCCUUAGUGUUGGCUUAUCGGCCAUACGCAUCAAGAAACCCAUAAAAACCAAGUUCCGCCUUCCUGUCUUCAACUGGGCUGCACUGAAACCCAACCAGAUCAAUGGCACCGUCUUCAACGAGAUCGAUGAUGAGCGUGUGCUUGAGGAGUUAGAUCUGGAGAAGUUUGAGGAGCUGUUCAAGACUAAAGCCCAGGGUCCUGUGGUGGAUCUGUCAUGCUCAAAGAGCAAGGUUUCCCAGAAGGCCAUUAAUAAAGUGCAGCUACUUGAUGCCAAUCGCUCGAAGAACUUGGCCAUCACUCUGCGCAAGGCCAACAAGACCACAGAGGAGAUCUGCAAAGCCAUUCAAACGUUUGAUCUGAAGGCCCUGCCGGUGGACUUUGUGGAAUGCCUGAUGCGGUUCCUGCCCACGGAUGCUGAGAGCAAACUAAUGCGUCAGUACGAGCGGGAGAGGAGACCUCUGGACCAGCUUGCAGAGGAAGACCGCUUCAUGCUCUUCUUCAGCAAGAUUGAGCGGCUCACUCAGAGAAUGAGCAUAAUCACGUUUGUGGGCAACUUCAGUGAUAAUGUCAACAUGCUGACCCCGCAACUCAAUGCCAUCAUCGCGGCAUCAGCUUCAGUGAAGUCCUCUCCAAAGUUAAAGAAGAUUCUUGAAAUAAUUCUGGCUGUGGGCAACUACAUGAACAGUAGUAAAAGAGGCUCGGUGUAUGGUUUCAAACUUCAGAGUCUGGAUCUGCUGCUAGAUACUAAGUCUACUGACAGGAAGAUGACACUGCUCCACUACAUUGCUCUGGUCGUCAAAGAGAAAUAUCCUGAACUGGCUACCUUCUACAAUGAACUGCACUUUGUGGAUAAAGCUGCAGCAGUGUCCCUGGAGAACGUGUUGUUGGAUGUUAAGGAGCUCGGUAAGGGCAUGGAUCUGGUCAGGAGAGAGUGCAGUCUGCACGACCACGCCAUACUCAAGAGCUUCCACCAGACCAGCGAUACACAGCUGGACAAACUACAGAAAGACGCCAAGACUGCUGAGGAGGCCUUCAACAAUGUGGUGCAUUACUUUGGGGAAAGUCCUAAGACCACGCCGCCCUCUGUCUUCUUCCCAGUGUUUGUACGGUUCAUCAGAGCCUACAAGGAGGCUAUGGAGGAAAACGAACAGAAGAAGAAGCAAGAGGAAGCCAUGAGAGAAAAACUACUAGCACAGGAGGCCAAACAGCAAGACCCUAAGGUCCAGGCUCAAAAGAAGCGACUGCAGCAGCAGGAUUUGAUCGCAGAGCUCCGGCGCAGACAGGCCAAGGACCACCGGCCUGUAUAUGAGGGCAAAGAUGGCACCAUUGAAGACAUUAUCACAGUGCUGAAGAGUGUGCCCUUCACUGCCCGCACGGCCAAACGGGGCUCGCGCUUCUUCUGCGAUACCAACCUCUUCGAUGAGUCCAUCUGCUAGCCCCCCAAACCCCCCCCAAAAAACUGCCCCUAAUGCCGCAGAUCUCCGAAGCCAGCCCUUCCUGCGAGCUGACGCGGUGAUCCGGAAUGGGUGGAAGCGACCCUAAAGACCCCUCACUCACUCACCCUCUGCUACUCUCCCCCCGCUUUCUGAAAUGGCAUCUUCCUGCAAUUCACGGUGACUGAGGGAAGUGCAGGACCAAAACAAUGUCUUUGGUUUUAAGGGGGUGGGGAAGUUAUUUAUUUAUGGAAAUCCUUUUUGGAUUCUGCACUGGAGGCUCUUUCAAUAAAGCCAUUACAGCACAGACAUUCAGGGCUGCCACCCUGGCCUCAUGAACGCUCGCGCACGCAAAUCCUGAGGUGCGUUGGUAAAAGCUUGUGUUGGCACAGGAAUAAUGGUUGUUGUGGUUGCACACACACACAGAUAGCAGUAACACUAGCCUGCUGACCUUGAAGAGCCUUCCAACGGGAUCUCAGGCCCAUUAACGUGGAUUUCCUCUUAUUGUGCAAUUUAAGCAUGACUUUCUGUCUAGUGGGAUAGCGCUGAGGUCACUGACUCCGUUUGUACAGUUCUUUAAAGUAUGAACAAAUUAUUUGUUAAUCCUAUUCCACUACCUGGCACAGAAUAGCCUGUCUCCAGUAUUUUAACCCAGACCAGUACUAUGGUUACAAAGAAGUGCCUUUCUGUUGAGUCAGUAUUAUUUCUUAUAGCCAAUAUUGAUGUAUCUAAGUUUAUACUAUUGUUAAUCGUUAUGUUGUAACAUUUCUUAUGCUUAAUGUAAAUAUAAUAUGCAAUUAUCCAAGAAAUGCAUUGCAGCGUUAACAAAAGAGCCUGGACAAGUGCUCUGUUUGACUGACUUUGUGCCUUGUAUUGAUGGCUCUAUCUUCACUUGGUUCUUUAAAUCUGUUUAAUGCUCAUGUACCAGAACAAAGUGUAGGCCUACGUAACUUUGUCAUGCCGUGAAACUUCUCAGAGAAUAGCGCUCUGGUCCAUUUUUUACCCCCCAGAUUUAUGAUGUAUAUAAAUGAAUUUUACUCUGUUUUUAAAAGGAUACCAAAUGGGAACCACUCCUAGAUUGUAAACAUGACUAUAUAAUAUUUUGAAUGCGCAAUUUGUACGUAAUUCGCUCUAAGUUAGUAAAUGAAGGACAGUCGUCAUGCUUUGCAGGAAUUAAUUCAUUAGGUUUCAGCAAAAAAUAACGUUUUAUAAGAUGAAUUUGUCAUAUCACUUGUCCUAACAAAGUAAUUACUCUCUUUGCACUAACACUGAUUAAGCGAUUCGGAAAAUGAGCUCUAUUUAAGCAAUAAUGUAGCUACGCGAGGCCGCGAAUUAUUGUGAAACGGCCUCAAGUGCCUAUUGCUUUUAUUAGAUAGAGUCUAUAAAUGUUAAAGAUAUUAAACGUUAAGCAAAUACAUAUGUGGUUAAGCGGCGUCUUCGCACUAGAAUAUGUUCCUGACUGACCGAAAACUUUUGCGCUUCAGUGAUUUCAACAGGUGUUUCGCGUCAUAGUUGGUGGAACGCUGUUCUGACCAAUCAUAAGCCAGGACCGGAACUCUCCGUUAAAAAAGGGACAUAACAGUACGACACUGCAUGUGAUGUUGACUCAAGCUCGAGAGUGAACAAAAAUAAAAUCAACACUAAUGUUGUGUGGUAUUUUCUAGGAGUUAUUUCUUAGACUGAACUUUUUUUAUUUACCUACUGUUGUACCACAGCAUAAACUAAAUCAAGCCAUUUGGGAGGAAAAGCAAAGCACAAAAUGAAUGUACCAAAGUUUUAAUGUUAUUUGGUUGAUAUGGACCAAUGAAUGCAGCAGUUAACUGGAUAUUCUGUUGAAGUGGCAAAUAAAAAUAUUUGAGACUCGA